UAGCCCAGAAUCGGACCAGAGCAGGGGAGAGAUUCCGGCUUCCGACAUCCGACUUAUUCUGAUUUGGGCUUAAAGCUGCAAUUUUGGUUUCUCUCCUGCAACUUUUCUGUUAUUUCUCUUCUCUCUGCUGUGGGGUGAGCAGAGUUGGAGAUGAACUGCUGAUAUGAGUAGACUAUCCUUCAGGCCACGCCCCCUAGACUAUAACAAGAAGCUUCCUAUUGUAAAAUCUAUAAAAGAUUUUGAAGAUGACGAGACCCCAACAUCUACUCGUACGCAGAUGCUUCGUCUUGUUGCGGAAGCUGAUAACGAGACCCAGGUACAUCAAGUUGCUAGUAAGAAAACAGUAUCUGAAAUACCUACUCCUGAGUAUGUUAUUGUGGAUACAUAUGAAAGAGAUUAUUCUCCCACUUUCAAUCAACCAGCAUCUUAUCUACGUGCAAGGGGAGCACGAGCUGAGAUAGGAGAUUUCGUCGAGUAUGAUCUUGACAAUGAGGAUGAAGAUUGGCUUGAAGAGUUCAACAAAGAAAGAACAAUUCUUCCAGCUGAAAAAUUUGAGACUAUUUUAUUUAAAUUAGAGGUAUUGGAUCAUAAGGCUCGGGAAAGAGCAGGAGUUAUAACAUCGACACUUGGCUCGCCUAUACCUGUGCUUUUGACAUUUGAUGCUGCAUCCGAGGCUCUUCAAGCUCUUUCCAUACAAUAUGGAGUUUUCCAGUCUAUUUACGGUUACUGGAAGGAAAAGCGAGAACGAUGGCUAAAACCUGUUUUGCGGCGCUUGCAGCCGCCUCCCCCAGUUAACGACACCAAUCCAUACAAUGUAUUUAGGCCAAGGGAGAAAGCUCACAGACUUCAUACGAGAAGGAUGCAAAGACGGGAAAACAACGUGCAAUCAUUUGAAAAGCUUCGGCAGGUGAGGCGCAACCUCGACCAAGCAAAGAACCUACUAGAGGCUCUAAUCAAGAGAGAGGAGAAAAAGAGAGAUGUCAUGGAUAGUGAAGUCAGCCUUCAAAGGAUACAAAUGAAAUACAAGAAUGAGACAGAGCUUCUUGAAGACAGUUUAGCUCUGCCUGAAAUGCCAUCUUUCCAGUCCAAAUUUGUUUCAAGUGAGGACGAAAUUUUAGACACGGAUGAUUUUCCACACAACCGUCUUCGUUUUCAGCCUCAUGGCCUAAUCGACUCAAGGCUGGUAUUGCCUUCUGGAGGGGGCAUGAAACGAGAGAUCAGACGCCGACCUGUCCCAUUUACUUGGCUCCAUAAAUUGGAUCCACUUGAACCAGUAUUCCUAUUCACAAAACCUCUGGUGCCAGAAAAGUUGGCAGCAGCAAGGAUUGUGCCACCAGUUGGUUCACGCGGUCAUAAUUUCCGUGGGAGGAUCGGGAGAGGGGGAAGAAUAGUAUUCGAUAGAUGGAAUCCGCUGAUGCAUACCCCAAUCGAGUGUAGUGAAUAUAUGCCUCCUAAACCACGAUCGGCCACGCAUAAUUGAUGAUUUAUGUAGGGAAUGUAGAUUUUUACUUGUAGGAUGUAGGUGAUUUCAUGCAGAAAAAAAAAAGGGUCAAAAGAGGGCAGUUGUUUAUUAUGUUUGUGUGGAAGUUGGGCUGCCUUCACUUCUUGUGAAAUCUGUUUGUAUUAUUAUCUAAGUGAUACAUAUUCUGUUUUGUAAAUAUAGGGAAAAAGAAGCAAGAAAAUUCA